GCCAGCUGUCAAGAACCAAAACUCUUCCGUUUAUCAAAACUGCGUGGAGUUCAACCAGUUUCCUCGGAAUUGCGUUUGUAAACAGUGGUUUUAAUUCGGUAAUAUAGUCAGUAUGUGGUUUAUACAACAUUCCUACAGUUAACUUUGCACUGCAUUCACUUUUACAUCAGAUUUCGUCAUCAAACAUGGAGAAAUUUGAAGGCUACAUCUUCACUGCUCUCUGCAGCACCAACUUUUUGAUAUCCUGCCUGCUGUUCUCCAGAGUCACUCGAGAGCAAAGGGAGCCCUACAUGGACGAGAUUUUUCAUAUCCCACAAGCUCAGAAAUACUGCCAUGGGAAAUUCAACGAGUGGGACCCAAUGAUCACCACUCUCCCAGGCCUUUACCUUGUCUCUGUGGGAGUAAUCAAGCCCGUGGUGUGGCUCGCUGGCCUGACAGGCGCGGUGGUGUGUUCCACAGCCAUGCUGCGCUUCAUCAACCUGCUGUUCAAUUGCGGAAACCUUUACCUGCUCUAUCUGCUCAUCUGCAAACUGCACUUCAGGGAGAAGACACGAACAACCUCACGCCGAGUCCUCUCUGCGCUGUCUCUGUCCACCUUCCCCGUGCUCUACUUCUUCAACUUCCUCUACUACACCGACGCCGGAUCUACUUUCUUCGUCCUCUUCACCUACCUCAUGACUCUCUACGGCUGCCACAAGGCCUCCGCGUUCCUCGGCGUCUGCUCUGUGCUCUUCCGCCAGACCAACAUCAUCUGGGUGGCCUUCUGCGCAGGCACAUUGGUGGCCGCCAAAAUGGACGAGGCCUGGAGGGUGGAGCAUACGAAAAAGAGGGAUGAGAAGUCUCCUCCCUCCCAGGUCCCUCUGUCAUUCAGUGGAGCUAAGAAAGUGGUGCAUUUCACGCUGGAGUUUCUCACCUCUCCCAGUCAUGUGAAGGCGGUGCUGCUGGUGGCCUGGCCUUAUGCAGUGGUCGCCGUGGGUUUCCUGGUGUUUGUGGUGCUCAAUGAUGGGAUAGUGGUGGGUGACAGGACGAGCCACGAGGCCUGCCUUAACAUCCCCCAACUCUUCUAUUUCUUCUCCUUUGCCCUCUUCUUCUCCCUCCCCGUCUCACUUUGCUACCACCGUGUCCUUCGCUUCCUCCAGGCUCUGAAAAAACAGCCUUUGUUCUUCCUCUUUGUCACGGGCGUGUCCUUGCUCCUGGUUUGGAAGUUCACCUUUGUCCACAAGUACCUCCUGGCAGAUAACCGCCAUUUCCCCUUCUACGUGUGGAAGAGGCUUUUCCAGAGGCACGAGUUGGUGCGCUUCCUCCUCGUCCCCGCAUACGUGUUUGCAGGCUGGAAUUUUUUGGACUCUUUCAAGUCGCGCUCACUGUUCUGGAGUCUGGCGUUCCUGGCAUGCCUCCUGGCUGCUACAGUACCCCAGAAGCUGCUGGAGUUCAGGUACUUCAUCGUGCCCUACCUGAUGUACCGCCUGCACAUGCCUCUCCCCUCUCUUCCCAGACUCAUUGUGGAGUUUCUUCUGUACGCGGUGGUCAAUGCUGCCACACUUUACAUCUUCGUCAGUAAGACCUUCCAGUGGCCGGACAGCACAGCCACACAGAGGUUCAUGUGGUGAACAAAAAAGAGAAGGGAAGCAUCCGGUAACGGGAGUUCCUGAACUCCAGCAGGAUGUCAGUCUCAGAGAACCACAGUUCAUGUGACAUGUCAGAAAUCAAAGAAAAGUCCUCUGUUGCACCUCUGUUGCUACAGUGUAACCACAUGAUGUUUGGGAUAGUGUAUAGGGAUUGCCAUAGCUUACACUAAGAAUCAAUAUUGCUAAUUUGAACAUGGAAGGUGGCAGAGAAAAUUGAAAAACCUUUUCAGUCUUUAAUGUUGAAGGCUUUUAAGGUCGAGUUAUUCUGCUUUCACUGACAAAGGCUACAAGCCCUGCAGUAGGCCUGUAGAUUUACUGCAAAUCCGUUCUCAAUUACAUGAAAAUGACCAAGAGUAUUCAAAGAGAAUUUCAUUUUGUAAAAAUCAUUACAGUUCUUGGCUUAGACAAUACAGUGGUGGUGUCAGUGUUGUAAAACCAUUGGUACUGAAUUAUGAUGGUCUGUUCUGAUGAGAUUAUAUUCACUGUAUAUAAAACUUGUUUCUACUGUACAUAAACAAUUUUUCUCCGGGGCGGAAACAACGGUCAUGUAAGUUUGACCUUUCCUGCAGGUUUCUGGGAAGUGGCGAGGCGUUUCUCAUGGCAAACUGUUAUGUACUAAAAGUACUGUAUGCACUUACUGCGAAUCAAUCCUCGGUGAAAUAACUGUUGACUUGAGCUGUAAAAAUGAUUUUAAAAGACCAAAAAUGACAGCCAUAUUGUAAACUUCAGAAUUUGUAUUAUAUGGGAUGUUUUUGUAAUGACUGAGAUUUUUGCUUUUUGAUGGGCACAUUUUGACCCACAGUCAUCUUUAUAAUUGUGGGACUAAAUUCAAAAUAAGAUACAUAUGUUUUCUAUUGUUACCUUGAUAUUUUUUUUUUUAUAUCUAUAUAUGACCAAGCCAUAAAAAUCCACUGGAGGUGAUUCAGAAAUGUGUCGAUCGUUGUUAACUUAGAUGUUUUUAGUUUGUCAUCAAGUCUUUUUGUUUUCGUUUUUUUUGCACUUUGUGAUUUUAAUAAAUAAUGUAAUGUAAUGUAAUAGAGGUCAUCUUGCCUUCUUCAUGUUUCCCCUUUCUGUUGGCAAUUUUCUGUGUGUGUGUGUGUGUGUGUGUGUGUGUGUGUGUGUGUGUGUUUAUUUCACAUUUAUUUUUCUAUGUAAAUACAUAGAAGAUGGAUGUCUAAUGCUUAAGUUCCACACUUAAUGUCAAUCCAGGUGUUUGCUGCUCCCUUGUUGAUACAAUCAUGUGUAUACCUUUUGAAUAAAACGACAUGCAAACA